CUCUGUUUACAUACGUUUUUACCUUUUUUGCUAAUCAUAAUCUCUUCAUUCACACACAAAUUGCCUUGCAAAACUCGACGUCGUUGCGUCGUCCCCUGAGAGAGAAACAUUAAAAAAAAAAAACAAAAGCUGAGUGAGUCUGUGACAAAUGCAGGUGAUCGUGCGGUCGAGUGAUGCCUUCUCGGUUUAAGGGAGUUUGGAGACGAGGAGGUUGUUUUGGGUGUCUCCGGUAUGGGUGGUUUGAGUCCGACGAUGAUGGCGACAAAGGCGGCCGGUUGUGGCGGCGGCGCUAAUGGCGGGGGUGCAAGUGGUAACUGCUGCGACAUGAGCGUGAGGUGCUGGUGCAGAUGGCACUGUAAGGACCACCAGCACGGUGGUCACCACCGCCUCCUCUCCUCUGGGUUCCUUUUCUUCUUGGGGUGCUUCGUGCUGUUGGGAUCGAUUGGCAUGCUCUACGCCUGGCUGGCCUUUACGCCCACCUUCCGUACCACCCUGGCUGGUUCUCGACCCUCCUCCUCGUUGCUUGGGUGCCAGGAGGACAAUGAGGGGUCCUGGUCGGUUGGUGUUUUCUACGGGGAUUCUCCCUUCUCUCUCAAACCUAUCGAGGCGAUGAACGUGUGGAAAGAUGGGAGUGCGGCCUGGCCGGUGGCUAACCCUGUACUAACAUGUGCUUCGGUUUCUGAUGCUGGCUUCCCUAGCAACUUUGUUGCUGACCCUUUUCUUUAUAUUAAGGGCGAUACACUUUACCUCUUCUAUGAAACCAAGAAUUCCAUCACUUUGCAAGGAGACAUUGGAGUCGCUAAAAGUACUGAUAAGGGAGCAAGUUGGCAACAAGUGGGCAUUGCCUUGGAUGAGGACUGGCAUCUCUCUUAUCCAUAUGUCUUCAACUACCUUGGCCAAAUUUAUAUGAUGCCUGAGAGUAGCGAGAAAGGAGAACUUCGUCUUUACCGUGCACUCAACUUUCCGUUGCAAUGGACACUGGAAAAGGUCAUCAUGAAGAAGCCCCUUGUCGAUUCCUUCAUUAUUGACUAUAAUGGAAAGCAUUGGCUUUUUGGUUCGGAUCACAGUGGUUUUGGUGCCAGCAAGAAUGGACAGCUGGAGAUCUGGUAUAGCAACUCACCAUUUGGUCCUUGGAAACCACACAAGAAGAAUCCUGUAUAUAAUGCUGACAAGAGCUUGGGGGCUCGGAAUGGAGGGAGACCAUUUGUCUACAAUGGAAGCCUUUAUCGCAUUGGCCAAGACUGUGGUGAAACAUAUGGGAGACGAGUGCGCAUCUUCAAUGUAGAAGUUCUUACAGUUGAUGAAUUUAAAGAAGUUGAAGUCCCCUUCGGCUUAACGGAGCCUAAUAAAGGUCGUAACUCUUGGAAUGGUCGUCGCUAUCAUCAACUUGAUGUGCAGCGAUUAAGUUCUGGUGAAUGGGUUGGGGUUAUGGAUGGGGACCGUGUACCUUCAGGAGAUCCAUUCUGGCGGUUUAUUCUUGGUUGUGCUUCAGUUGCAGUUGUUGCUGUACUUGUCAUACUGCUUGGCGUGCUACUUGGAGCUGUGAAGUGUAUUAUUCCCCUGAACUGGUGCGUUCACAACUUGGGAAAGAGAAGCUAUGCUUUCUUGGCAUGGGAAAGGUCAAAUCUGCUUUCUUCCAAACUGAGACGGUUUUGCAGCCGCUUGAACAGAGCACCUUCAUUUCUCCGAGGACGGAUAAGACCUAAUACAUGUGUUGGAAGACUAGUUAUCGCUAUAAUUGUUGUUAUAGGCAUUGCAUUAAUGUGUACAGGGGUUAAGUAUAUCUAUGGUGGCAACGGUGCUGAGGAAGCUUACCUGUGGAAAGGCCACUAUUCACAGUUCACGUUAUUAACAAUGACAUAUGAUGCUAGGAUCUGGAAUUUGAAAAUGUAUGUGAAGCAUUACUCAAGGUGCUCUUCGGUGCGAGAAAUUGUUGUGGUGUGGAAUAAGGGAGUACCUCCCAAACUGAGUGAUCUGGACUCAGCGGUGCCAGUCAGGAUCAGAAUAGAGAAAGAGAACUCACUGAAUAAUCGAUUCAAAAUGGAUCCUUUGAUAAAGACUCGUGCUGUUCUGGAGCUUGAUGACGACAUUAUGAUGACGUGUGAUGAUAUUGAGCGGGGUUUUAAGGUUUGGCGUCAGCACCCAGAUCGUAUUGUGGGGUUCUACCCACGGCUCAUAGAUGGAAGCCCAUUGAAGUACAGGGGUGAGAAAUAUGCCCGAAGACGUAAAGGGUAUAACAUGAUUCUUACAGGGGCAGCUUUCAUAGACAGUCAAGUAGCUUUUGAGAGGUAUUGGGGGGAGGCAGCCAAGCGAGGGAGGGAAUUGGUCGACAAGUACUUCAACUGCGAGGAUGUUCUACUAAAUUUCUUGUAUGCAAAUGCAAGCUCUUCUAGGACUGUAGAAUAUGUAAGACCAGCAUGGGCAAUAGACACAUCGAAGUUAUCUGGUGCAGCGAUUAGCCGAAACACGAAAGUGCAUUACCAGUACAGAAGCAACUGCCUCUUGAAAUUUUCAGAGAUGUAUGGAAGUUUGGCUGGCCGCAAGCUGGAAUUCGACAUGCGGAAGGAUGGCUGGGAUACUUAGCGACACCAAAAAAUGUUAACAGCAGAACUCCGUCUCUUCCAUCCUGUUCUUUCUUCCUUAUUUUGGUAUCAUUUUUGGUUAUUUACUGUUCAUUUAUUUCCCCUGUGUGAAUUGUUUUCGGGGAACUUUAGGUAUAAACAUCUUUUGCAAAAUGUAUAUUGGUUUUGUCAUAGUUUUUGUUUUCACUUUGUUUUCUUGUCGAGAAUUAUAAAGUAUGGGUUAUCUUCACUCUCUC